AUGGGUUUAUUUGACAAAGUAAAGCAAUUUGCUAACAGCAAUAACAAUAACAACGAUUCCAGCAACAAUAAUCAAACCGACUAUGUUAGCAAAGCUGAAAACAUGAUCGGUGAAGAUAGAGUCAAUCAAUUCAAAAGCAAAAUCGGUGAGGAUAGAUUUAACAAGAUGGAGUCUAAGGUUCGUCAACAAUUCUCUAAUACUUCUAUAAAUGACAACAACGAUGAUUCAUAUGGUUCUAACAACAACGAUUCAUAUGGUUCCAACAACAAUGACGACUCUUACGGUUCGUCCAACAAAAACAAAAGCUCCUACGGUUCAUCCAACAAUGACGACUCCUAUGGUUCUAAUAACAACGAUUCAUAUGGCUCCAACAACAAUGACGACUCUUACGGUUCGUCCAACAAAAACAAAAGCUCCUACGGUUCAUCCAACAAUGAUGACUCCUAUGGCUCUAAUAAUAACGACUCAUACGGUUCCUCUAAUAACGAUUCAUAUGGCUCUAACAAUGACGACUCUUACGGUUCGUCCAACAAAAACAAAGGCUCCUACGGUUCAUCCAACAAUGACGACUCAUAUGGCUCUAAUAAUAACGACUCAUAUGGCUCCACCAACAACGAUUCAUAUAGCUCCAACAAUGACGACUCUUAUGGUUCUUCCAAUAAGAAUAAGAGUUCAUAUGGCUCCAACAACGAUGAUUCCUACGGAUCUUCAAACAAGGAGAAGAGCUCUUACGGUUCCUCUAACAACGAUGACUCGUAUGGCUCUAACAACGAUAAUUCUUAUGGUUCUAAAAAUGACGACUCAUACGGUUCCUCUAAUAACGACGAUUCCUACGGAUCUUCAAACAAGAAGAAGAGCUCUUACGGUUCCUCUAACAACGAUGACUCGUAUGGCUCUAACAACGAUAAUUCUUAUGGUUCUAACAAUGACGACUCAUACGGUUCCUCUAAUAACGACGAUUCCUACGGAUCUUCAAACAAGAAGAAGAGCUCUUACGGUUCCUCUAACAAUGACGACUCGUAUGGCUCUAACAACAACGAUUCAUAUGGUUCUAACAACAAUGACGACUCUUACGGUUCGUCCAACAAAAACAAAAGCUCCUACGGUUCAUCCAACAAUGAUGACUCCUAUGGUUCUAAUAAUAACGACUCAUACGGUUCCUCUAAUAACGACGAUUCCUACGGAUCUUCAAACAAGAAGAAGAGCUCUUACGGUUCCUCUAACAAUGACGACUCGUAUGGCUCUAACAACAACGAUUCAUAUGGCUCCAACAACGAUGAUUCCUACGGAUCUUCAAACAAGAAGAAGAGCUCUUAUGGUUCCAGCAAUGACGACUCUUAUGGUUCCAACAACAACGACUCAUAUGGCUCCAACAACAAUGACUCAUAUGGCUCCAAUAAUAACGACUCUUACGGUUCGUCCAGUAAAAACAAAAGCUCCUACGGUUCAUCCAACAACGACGACUCCUAUGGUUCCAGCAACAACUAUGGAUCUUCCAAUAGGGAUAAGAACUCCUACGGUUCUAGCAACGACGAUUCAUACGGUUCAUCCAAUAGAGGCGGUCGUAACCAAUACGGCGGUGACGACAAUUACUAA